AUGCCACUGGGGAAGGAGGUCCGCUCCUCUUCAGCCUCAGGAAGAUUAGAAACCCAACAUGUGUCCAGCAUCAUCACAGUCAUCGAUUCAGGACGCAUUGUACAGAGCAACGGCCUACGCGACGAGCUCGCAGAGACACAGAGAUAUUACAGCAUCCUCUGUGAACUGUGGAGAACUGCAGACAGGACGACGGGGUCAGGUUGUUGCGUUGAGAAACUCACAGAUGACUGCAGUGAGGACAAACAGCAGCCUGAAUGGCUGGAGCGAGAGCUGCUGAGCCAGAACAGGCGAAGACACUCAAUCACACAAGGAGAUGAGGCUCAAAUGAGAAAACAACACCCUAUUAUUGACUCAACUCGCAGAUUGUGCAGCCUCAAGAUUGAUGAGACGAUAUCACUCGACAAUCUCCAGAAAUUGAAACUAGCGUUCGAGGAAUUUGAAAGGGGUGGCUCGAGAUCCAUUGAUGCAAAGUGUUUUGGACGUAUAGUGAAGAAGUGUUUGGGUUUGCCUAAGACAAGCAAUGCGCAGAUUCAACGGUUAUUUAAGAAGAUUGAUUAUUUGGGCCAAGGACAGAUUUCAUGGGGUGAGUUCUGCACACACAUGAUGCAUGAAUACAAAGAGAAGCAGGAAACUGUGAGACGCAGCAAGCAGGUGGCUUUCACUCUGCCAGCCUCGAUGAAGACAUUGUGUCAUGGCAUCCCCAUCGUCAACAUCCACUCCAGCCAUGAUGGCACCAUUGUAACAGUGAGAGAAGACGGUGUUGUUUGCUGCUGCAGCCCUGAACUGAAACCACUGAAGACCAAACAUUUGUUUAAUGAAGGACCAGCAAGCAGGAAGUCAAAGUGGGCAAGUGACUUUAUUCUGAUGACAGAGUUUAACAAGCUGAUGAUUGGAACAGGGGACAGAGAGAUCCAGCUUUAUGAGCUUUCCACUCUGGAGCCUUACUGCCAGAUCAAUGCUCUAGAAACGGUGCCUUUGACAUUAGACUUUGGCUGCACUGGCCCUGAUAAAUGUUAUAUUGUGUAUGGAGACGCGGAGGGAUGUGUUACUAUCAUUUUAAUAUCCUAUGUUGGAGAUACCCUCAGGUUAUGGAAUAAAUUACCGGAGAUUGAAAAUAUGCCCAACAUAGCGAUUGACGAUGCAGUGCUUUUUCCAAAUGUGACAUUUGUCAGAUGGAAGGUUCAUCAGGACUGGGUAACACAGGCAAAAUAUUUUCAUAGUUUUCAAGCUGUUGUCUCCUCAUCAAAAGAAGAAUCUACUUCGCUCGUUAUAGGCUGUGUGCUGCCUCUAACAGACGCUGAGCAGCAGUUGGAUGAUAUCAGAGAGGCCUGCUAUGAAGGUAAAACCAAGAAGAUCCAACUGAGCUGGAUUCCACAGCUCCGUGCAUCGUGUGACCAGACAGUUUUCAACAUAUCCAAAGGUGUCAAGACCUUUGACCUUUGUCAGAAGCACAGCCUGCUGGUCACUGGAGGCAUGGACAGGCUGAUACGCAUGUGGAACCCACAUUUUUCUGGGAAACCUAACGGUAUUUUGAAAGGCCAUUCAGCUCCAAUCACUUACCUGCACAUCAUCCCAGAGAACGGUCAGAUCUUCUCUGUCUCUAUAGACUGCACUGUGAAGAUCUGGGAUAUUCAAGAUCAGUGUUGCCUGUUUACAGCAGACUCACAAGCCAGCGGGAUUCAUGGUGACAUAUCUGCCUGCUCGUAUUCUUCUGCUGUAAAAUCCUUCUACUUUGCAGCAGACUGCAUAGCGGUGCUCUCCCUGAAGAUAAGGCCGAGGCUCCACAGCCGUCUGACUGUUUCUCAUGAUGAGACUGUAAUGUGCUGCGGAUACAGUGAGGAGUUCCGUCAGGUUGUCAGCUGCAGUGAGGGAUCCGUGGUUAAAGUCUGGGAUUUUGACACUGGGCGGCAGGUUUUUGAAUUUGGUGGCACCCAUGACCAGUCUGCCAUCACAUGCAUGGCUUUUGACCCCAAAGGGAGGAGACUCAUCACAGGUGGAAGAGAUGGUUGUGUAAAGAUCUGGAACUUUAACAAUGGUCAGUGCCUAAAGACACUUAGGAAAGAUGGUGAAUGUCACAAAGUGUGCGACUGCAUCUUUUUGCAAGUUCACAGGACUUUCUAUGUAAUGUCUGUUGGCGGGGACCGGAAGAUUGACAUUUACCCAGACAUACCUGAGGGCCUUCAUCAUGUCCAGAGGCCACAGCCUUCAUGGCAAGAUGAUCUGAGAAGUGGCCAUACGGAGGACAUCCUUUGUGUGGCGCAGUGUCCCCCAUCUCUCCUAGCCACCAGCAGCUAUGAUGGAGAGAUUAUAGUGUGGAAUGUAAUUUCUGGACGAAUACGGUGUCGGUUAGUCAGCCCUCUUCUAGCUGAACACCAAAAUGUUGAAGGACUGGAUACCAGUGUUCCAAGUAUAAUUUUCUUUAAGAACUCCAAGUUGCAGCACUUUUCCUCGGCUACAGCUCUGCUGUCGGCAGGAGCCAUGGGUUGUAUAAAUAUCUGGAACGUGCUCAGUGGAAGCAAAUUAGCUGGGAGUUUCAAAGCUGUAAGAAAUGCAUCUCAACAAUAUUCUUGGAUUCAGUUUUGGGUCCCAAGGCAUAGGACUCUAGUUUUUGCUUUUCUUUCUCCUAUAUUUAAAAUUGCUAAUCAGGCAUUAGGAUCGUUUGUGGCAAACUGUUUCUUUGCUUAUACAUCUAAAUUCCAACAAAAGAUUACAAAACUGGCUAAAACAGCCAAAGACACGUUGCUGUACGCUGCUGACCGGAUUGGUUACAUCUAUGUUUACAACAUGGAAAAGUUUACUGCUGGGCAAAAAUCACCAAGAGUUGAAGGCUUCUGGCGUGCCCACACCAGCCAAAUUACUGGCCUGCAGAUUGUUGACAAUGAUCAAGUGGUGCUUACCUCAUCCACAGACUACACUGUGCGCAUUUGGAGCGCACAUGGAGAAUACAUAGGGACCUUUGGGCAGUCUGAGAGCUGGAAUGUCCAUAUAUCCUCCUCGUGGAAACAUCCUGCUGUCCCCUAUGAGGUCCUCAUUGAUCCUCUGAGCAUGCCUCAUCAUGAAAUUCUGAAUGUUAAAACUCGUUCUGAUUACAUCGAUACUGACAAGACUGGGGCUCAUAAAGGUGAACUAAAGGCUCUGUCAUGGAACUCUCAGGCAUGCUAACAAGCUAUCGAACCACUGUGCUCUGAAAGGCUUCAUGCUGUGGAGCCAUCCAACACCAGCCCUCUUAUAAGAAGGGCUGAGGAACUAGAUCAAUUUGAAAAAUAUGAAACUAUAUUGAUCGCAAAAGUGUAAAAUGGAUCAUUCAGUAAUUGAACUCCUUCAAAUAAAAAAGCUCUAAAUUCCCACUGUGCAUGACAUGCUCACCGUUGAACAGCUGAGGAGACCGACAAAGAAAAGCUUGUGAACAUAGUGGAGCCUUAGCAGGUGGACACAAACAUGAUUCAAAAUAAAUACUUAUGUUGAUUCUCUGUUGCGUUCACAUAAAUCUACAACUUUUUAAUGUGAGAAAAAAAGUUUUUUCACAAGGAUAAUUUUACUGUUCUAAUAUCUGGAAAAAGGGAAGGGUAAUAUAUCUCCACCCUUCCUAGUUUGCAUAAUACCUUUAUUUAUAUUCAAAAUAUGAUGUAUUAUCCUUGUUUUAAGUGCAUUAUCUUGGAUUUACAAACGGCAUCUAUUGCACGUCUGUCCGUCCUGGGAGAGGGAUCCCUCCUCUGUUGCUCUCCCUGAGGU